CUUCAGUGCUCCCAUCUGCGCAUCGCACAUCGUCUCAUCGCAUAUCGCAGCAAACACACUUGCCGCCCUUAGUUCGCGCGACGGCGACCUUCUCAAUUGUAUCUGCUAGCGCCGACAAAGCGAUAGAUACCUUGCUCUACCCCGUCGCGCUCCUGUUCCUUCUCGCCACCUCCAGCUUUCGUUAACCCCACAACAAUAGCCUCACGAUGACUGAAGUAUCAUCCACCAGGUUGUACCUGGGCAAUCUCCCUCGCAGUGGUCAGUACCAUCGGCGCGACUCUUCCCUGAUCUAUUCCAGCCUAUACGCCGCGCCCGGUUGAACCUUUACUUACAUCCUCACAGCUACAAAGGCCGAUGUCGAAGCGCAUUUCAAUACUCAUGGCACUGGAGAGAUCACCGAGAUUAAGCUCAUGAAUGGCUUCGGAUUCAUUGAAUACAAGGAUGCGAUGGAUGCCCGCGAUGUGGUUCCCGCCUUCCAUGGCUCGGACUUCAUGGGGGAGCGCUUGACCGUUCAGUUUGCUCGCGGUACGCGCAACCGUGAUACCUUUGCGAACACCGAGCGUACUGCUCCACGUCCAAGACGUACUCCUCAUCGCAUGCAAAUCUCUGGACUUCCAGGUGAGACCAGCUGGCAGGACCUGAAAGACUUCGCCCGUCAAUCCAGCCUCGAUGUUGUUUACUCCGAAACUGGUCGCGACCGGGAUGGCAAGGGGAGCUUUGUCGAGUUUGAGACUGCUGCGGACCUCAAGACUGCUGUAGAGAAGCUUGACGGUCGCGAGUUCAAGGGAGUUCGCGUCACUUGUAUCGCUGAUACUCAACCGGAUAUUCCACGCGACUCCCGCGCUCGAUCCCGAUCCCCAAUUCCCCGCCGAGCUCACCCUGGUGAUGAGUACGAUCGUCGUGGCCCAUCCCGUGGAUACAGCCCUCGACGUGAUGGUGGUUACCGUGACAGGAGCCCCCCUCGUCGUGGCUACUAUGAUGAUGACCGCCGUGGAUACCGCUCUCCCCCAAGAGCUCGUGGACCCGUUGAUGACUACCCACCUCCACGUGGUCGAUUCGAGGAUCCGUACCGUCGUGAUUACCCACCCGACCCAUAUGUCAAUGGCAGAGCUCCUUACGACCGUCCUCCUCCAAGAGACUAUCCCCCAAGAGAUGCUCCUUACGAUUAUGAGAGACCUCCUCGCCGUUACUGAUUCCAACUUCAGGAGCGGACGAUACGUUUUGAAUGAAGAAAGACGGCUCAACCUAACUUCUAAGCAUUUAAAUCGUAUUUGGAACGACUGCGAUGUGGACAAACGAAUUUUCUCACACUAACGUCUCGUCUCUUUCCCUCUUCAAAAGUAAUCGUUCUCUUUAUGGAUCUUCCAAGGUGGGAUGGACAUUGUACAACACCAUGAUGAGGUCAACUUUGUGAUCGAUUCAUCAAGAUGUACUCCAUAGGAAUAGGGAAAUUUGCCAAUAGCUCUUGCAAAAUGAAAU